AAGCGCCGCUUAUCAUUUAAUUCUACGUGGUACGUGUAGUACGUCUGUCGUCGAUGAAAAAAGUACUUGCUUGGGUAUAAUGAAAGUUCUGUCCAGUCUACGGAGACAUUUAAAACUUCGAGCCCCACAGCGACAAAGAACAUGCAUUGUACUUUUCGCAGCUGCCAUAUUUCUUCUGUUUUUUGGCGUCAUCUAUGUGUACGAUUGGAGAAAUUACAAACUGUUGAAGUACUGCCAGGAAUUGCAGCGUGAUAAAAUAGUUGUUGAAAGGCCUGGUACUGCAGGAUUACAAAGUAUUCCUUUGAACGUUAUUGACACACCAGAAGGUCCCAUGGUGGUUAACAAACGAAUGAGUCCGUCAGGAGCUUGCAGCGAUUCUUCUCUCGAAGUGCCACUUCCAGCUGCUUUCGAGUCUGCUCUUAAAAAGUACGCCAUAGUUCCAUCAGCUGACGUCAAAGUAGUGGUUAUCAUUGCCUAUUAUCGUUCCGGGUCGACCUUUUUUGGUGAGUUGCUGUCUUCUGCACCCCGGACAUUCUUCCAUUUUGAGCCUCUAAUGAUGUUCACCGUCAGUGGUGGCAUACGACCAGGUAGAGAGUGCCAUGCGUUUCAGCUUCUGGACGGGCUUGUCCGGUGCCACUUCGAUCCUCUCUACACAGUUUGGCUGGAGAACAACCCUUACUACAAGUACAAUCAUUUUCUAGCUGACACCUGUGAAAGAGGACAGUCUUGCUCUUCCCCAAGUCAUCUCUCUGCUAUGUGUUCAAGAGCAGCAACUCAAGUGUUCAAGUUCACAAGACUUCGGGCCACGCAGGUGGCGUCUUGGAUUGAGAAAAACCGGAACAUUGCGGAGACCAUCCGUGUUGUUCACCUAGUGCGAGACCCGCGGGCUAUCUACUCUUCCAGAAGAGGUCUUCGCUGGUGCACUGACUACGAGUACUGCGGUAGCGCAUCCGCUUUGUGCGAUCAAAUGAGAUCGGAUCUAAAUGCGUUCGUAGAGAUAAGCCAGAAAAUGCAGAAAGACAGAACGUACCAGAUACGUUUUGAAGACCUCACCACUGAUCCGGUAAAUGAGACACAGCGCCUAUUCGAGUGGUUAGGCCUAGAUUUUGCGCCAUCAGUAACGAAAUACCUGGAGGAGCACACGUCAGCAACUGCCGCAGACAUCAGGGAUGCGCACUCGACACGAAGAAACACACGCCUGGUUGCACACUCCUGGAGGAGCAAGUUGUUGCCGCGAACUAUACGUGAGGUUGAAGUGGCCUGCAGAGACGUUCUUCAAAGGCUUGGCUACGAGGAGUCGUCGACAAGCGUGGAUGAUGUGAACACGUAAUAAAAGAACGAUCACUGUGGCCAUUCGAAUUAUGCCAAACAUUAUCGCAGCUUCAUCUGUAUUUUAUAAAUUUGCACUUCUAAAGAACCGCCAUAAUGUAAGAGAGUCGUUAUACAGACGGACCACUGUUAAAAACAACACCUGUGUGUAGUGGCUAUCCAGAUUUCACGUUCUUGGAAAAGUAUAGUGGCUUGAGGUUUGAUAGGACUACCGGGGAUUCACAGUUGUGGUUCCUUGUGACGGAAAAUGUUCAUGCAUGAACAGCGUUUCCACGUGCCUUUGUAGUAGAGGGUAGGCAGUAUGGAACGUGCUCUUUCGGGCGUUUUCUUUAACAGUGAACGGUACUACAAUGGUAUCUUUAACUUGUGUGAAGACUGGCACUGCGAUUGUAAUUGGCGCGUGCUUGUGCAUGUCCAUCAAAUAUUUUGCCAUGUUUAGUUGUACUUUUUUCAGUACAACACAAUCCAAUGUAGAUUUGUCAUGA